AAAAAGGAAGAUAGAAGAAAAAUGAAAAACCUGCAACCGACUAACGACAAGACAUCACAGCCUAUCCCUACCUUUACCAAAACUGAUACGUCCCUUGUUCUUUUCUGUCUUCUAUCCCUGUUUCUCCAUAACCAAAUAUCCCAAACUCCAUUUCAUUCAAGACCCAAAGCUUUCCAUCACUUUCGUUUCUCUCUGGUUCUCUCAAAAGUCAUAAAUGAAGAGUUUCAAUCCUUCAACUCAUCUGUCCUUCUCCAUUCUUCAACUUUUUCUUAUCACAUUUUGCCUAUUCUCCUUGUCUUCCAGUCUCAAGAUCGGAGAAACAUGUUCUUCUUCUUCUUCUUCUUCUAGCAGUGCAUGUGACUCCGGGUUAACAUGUCAAACUUGCUCGGUCAAUGGAAAUACCCGACCCAGAUGCUCACGGAUUCAACCACUCAACCCUACAUCAAAGGUAAAAGGUUUGCCAUUUAACCAAUAUUCUUGGCUGACUACUCAUAACUCUUUUGCCCUCAAAGGGGCAAAAUCUGAAACUGGAUCGGCUAUUAUUUCUCCCACUAACCAGGAAGACUCCAUCACCAACCAACUUAAGAAUGGGGUUCGAGGACUUAUGCUGGAUAUGUAUGACUUCAGUGGUAACAUAUGGUUAUGUCACUCCUUCGGUGGUCAAUGCUUCAAUGCCACGUCAUUUCAACCUGCCAUUAAUGUCCUCAAAGAGAUACAGGCGUUUCUAGAGGCAAAUCCAUCAGAGAUAAUCACCAUAUUUAUUGAGGAUUAUGUGGUAUCUCCACAAGGCUUAACAAAGGUUUUCAAUGCAUCUGGUUUGAGUAAAUACCGGUUUCCUGUUUCAAAGAUGCCUAAGAAUGGUGAAGAUUGGCCCACAGUGGAUGAUAUGGUCAAGCAGAACGAGAGACUGGUUGUUUUCACCUCCAAAUCAGCUAAGGAGGCUUCUGAGGGGAUUGCUUAUGAGUGGAGAUAUGUGGUGGAAAACCAGUAUGGAAAUGAUGGGAUGAAAACUGGUUCCUGUCCAAACCGUGCUGAAUCAUCUCCUAUGAAUACAAAAACAAGAUCACUGGUUCUUCAAAACUACUUUCCUACGAAUCCAAAUGAGACAGCAGCUUGUUCUGAAAAUUCAGGUCCGCUGGUUACCAUGCUGAAAACCUGUCACAAAGCAGCUGGAAAUCGAUGGCCAAACUUCAUUGCUGUUGAUUUUUACCAGAGGAGUGAUGGUGGAGGAGCCCCAGAAGCUGUGGAUGUUGCUAAUGGUCAUCUCACCUGUGGCUGUGACAAUAUAGCCUAUUGUAAGGUCAAUGCUACAUUUGGCACCUGUGACAUCCCUCCAAUGUCACCUCCUCCGCCUGCUGCCGCUGCUGCUGCUGCUACUCAAACGACCAAAGAAAAUUCUUCACUAUCUAACUCCAACUUCGCUAAUAUAGAUGCCACACCAGUGCAACUGCGGUGGUUGCUGGUCAUAAUUUUGAACUCAAUUCUCUUGUUAUGGUUAUAAUAGUCACCAGUUUGCCUGUUUAUAUUUCCUUUUUAAUUUAAAGAUAUGAGUCACACGACAGUGAUUUUAAGAGGAGUAGCUCAUCAGUUUCUUGUGCUUAAUUAGCAGGAGCAUUUGUUCUUGCAGCUGUGUUUUCAUUUGUCAGAUAACAUAUUCAUAUAUUGCUCUAAUUUCGUUUGACAAUUCUUUA